CAUCGAUAGUUAUCUUCGAGAUAAAAUGGCGGCGUACAUACAACCUAGUAUAAUAUCAAUAUUAUAGUUUUACGUUUUUUAAAUCUUUAAGUAUUAGAAAUAAGCACAGUGACAAUAAGUAACUUUAAAAUCUAUAAAAAUUUUAAACAUAUGCUUAAAUAAAUAUCUAUUAAAUAUUCUAAUCUAUUGUAACGUAUUAGUACGCCGUAUAUACAUAAUUUAUAUAUUACUUUUUUUAUGUUAGUCAUAUUUUGAUGUUACAUUUAUGUUACAUUUAUAAAAUAUUUUAUCUAAUUUAAAAAAUUAGUGCUAAAUAAAUAAGAUGCAUACAACUGGAAAUUUUAUUUUACAUGGUGGUGAUACAGCAUUUGCAAACAGACAAAAAUUAUUAUUUGAUAAAUUAUCAGAUGCAGAACAAGAAUGUAAUAAGAAUAAAAUUGUUAAUGAAUCCAUAGAUAUGGAUUCAAAUAUUGAACAAUCAAACUACUUUCAAAUUUUAAAAGCUGGCCGUCAAAGUCAAACAAGAAGAUUUCGUGGUAAAGAAAGUAUAUUUAAGAGACCAGAAGGUCCAGCACCACGUGCUCUUAAUAGAAGUAUACCAGAUUUUCAUAAGAAUCCUCAUAAAUGGAAAAAAUAUAGUUUGGAUGAUGUAUCCAAUGAUGACAUGACAGAAGAAAGUAAUACAAGAGCUGCAUUGUCAUUUUUAAAAGAAUUAAAAGCAAGGAGAUCGUUGGAAAAAAUGAAACAAUCAGAAAAAAUGGAUAUAAAUGAAUCUGAUUUAGUUAACAAAAGUCAAAUGAAAAUAAUAUUUAAAUCUAAGAAAAAGAAGAUAUCUACUGAAAUUGGAUUUAAAAAACCUGAAAAUAAUACUAAUAUAGAUAAUAUACCAAUUAUUAUUGAAAACAAUGAUAAGCCAGUCUUUAAGAAUAGUAAACUUAUUAUGCCAGAAUAUGUUGUUGGUCAGAAAAGAAAGACAAAAGUUAAGAAAGAAAAAUGUAUAACGAAGGUAGAUAGAUCAAAACAACUUAAAUUAGAUCAUCUAGAAGAACUUGAUGAAGAAGAAAAUUAAAUAUUAAUGAAUUAAUUAUUAUUUAAAAUUUUCUGUAUAAUAUGAGUAUUUAAUAUGUUAUUGAUUAAAUUGAUUAAUUGUACUUUGAAUAUAGCAGCAAUAAAUAUACUGUACAUCAUUUUAGCUAUAAAAUGUUCUAUGCUUUAUACGAUUUUAUUGAACUUUUUAUUCUUAAUAUCUUUGUUAUAAUAUUAUAAUAUUAGAAUAAAUUUUCAAAAAAUUUGAUAAAUUUUUAGAAAUUUAAAUAAAACCGCUCUAACGGAUUCUUCCGGAAAUGAUGCGAUUGCGCACAUAUCACCGCGGGUUAUGACUGUUUCCUGUCGGCUUUAUUCGUUGGCUAUUUAAAAGUCGAUUGUCUAUUUUAAUUAUUUUCAAGUUUUUGUAUGUGAGAUGUUGAUCGAUAUAAGAAAUAUAAACUACUGGACUUUGGAAGUUCGUUAGUAUAUUGAUAAUCGAGGUACGGAAUUAAUAAUGCAGGAAAUCGUCCUAGCAGCCUUCUCCGUGAUAUCGAGUCUACUCAUAGUAUUUGGCCUGGUGCUGCUGGGUUGGUAUUUAGUUUGGAAGUUUUUCCUUUCAAGAUUCAGGUUUGUUCGAGAACUAUUGGGUGGUAUGAGUGAAUCUUCACCUGUAAAUGACUUAAAGAAUGGUAGAUCUCGUAUGAAAAAAAUUCGCAAAGAUUAAAGAUUAAAAUCACAUUUAUAAAUUUGAAACAAAAGUGAUUAG